UGCACCAUCACCGCCUCUUCUGGUGUGCCCAGCAUUCACUGUCCAACCCAAGACGCCCAUUGUGGCUCUGUGGAAAUAUUACCGGAGGCACCGCCGUUCCGUGCCUCGCAGACCUAACCUGCAUCAUCCGCCAUUAUUAGCCAACGACAUGCCUGCUGAAACCGAAAUGAGAAUCCGGAGGGACUCAUGGCCUCCUACGCAACUGUGGCUCGAGACCCCUCGCAACAAAAAGGCUAAUGAGCCUCGACCACUACUAGAUGAUAUGGACGAUGACCCCCUGACCUACUUUCUCACACCAACGCCAGACGGCGACGGCGUAGACUAUGGUGCAGAUUUCGAUGCUGGCAUCGAGGACCCCAACCAUCCGACAGAGAUGGUCCGCAGCGUCAGCCCUUCGACAUUGGAGGGUCUGAGCAAGCCAGACCGACCUUCCUCCCCCGAGUGCGACUCUGGCAUGACAUCGCCAGAUGAACAUGAUGAUGACGAAGACGAGGAGGAAGACUACAUUCACUGGUCGCCUCUGAAUUCGCGACUCACAUCGUCCAGGGAUCUCCACAUUGAUGGCCUCAGCCGCGCAAAGAGCCCAUCAUUCGGCCGCAGUGCCAAUGGCCUGCUAUCGCCACAUUCUUUUCCGGCACCUACACCUCGGGGACGGUCCCCUGGAGGUCGUCCGCGCAGCAGCAGUCUUUCCCUCCGACCAGGUCAUCUCUGGCGUAUACCCAGCCCGGACGUCUGGAGCAUCGAGGAAGAGACGGAAGAGGAGCUUCAGGAUGCGCAGCAGCCGGACACGCCCGUGAAGAAGAAUAUGAAGCUGGCUGCAAAGCCAAAGAAGAGGGUCAGGUUCAUACUGCCCCCCAGGGACUAGAGGUGAUGCAUGGGCGGAGUUUAGGCGUUUUUUUGGUUCGCAUGAUUCACAUUGCAUCGGGCGGCGAUUGAUCUUUGAUUUCUUUGUUACCGCAUAGGGGUGGUUAAUAGCAUGGGCAGGCACAUUAUAGUGCUGCUGUCAUUAGCAUACGCAUACGUACUGGCAAAAGGGAAAGCAACAGCAUUUUCAGUUCAUGAUUCUUCUCGUCGUACUGAAGCCAGGCUGUCAAGUGUCAACUGC